AUGCAAAGCCAUAAUACCUAUUCCAACAUUUAAAUGACGCUUCCCUUUUUCAUUAAGAGUGACUAAGUAUCUGUCUAAAUGUUAAAGUAGAUAAUCUUUAUUAUCAGACAUUAUUACUUUAGGGAUAAAGCGAUAGAGAGGGGCAUUAGUAUUAUUUCCUUAUUAUAUUUGGUUAGGAGUUAUUCUUCCUAUAUAAGAGAAUGUAGAGUUUGGUAGAAGUGCAAAUUCAGUCAAAUUAUACUUCUUUCUAAAUAACUUCAAUUUUAACUUUUAUGCAAGAGAUAGUUCAGCAGAGUAGAGCGAUGCGUCAAUAUUUUCUUUUACCUUAUAUGGAUUAUAAAAGUUUAUUUGGCUAGGUAUGAAAUCAAGUUAGAUUUAUUUUUUGUGAUCACUUGGUUCUCCAAUUUUGAAUUAAAGAUUUUCAGAAAUUCGACUUUUGUAGUAGAAGUCUCCUUCAGAUUCUUCAACUUAUUGAAAAACUUCCAUAAAUUCUUUGUAAACAACGCUGAUUUCUUUAUCUGUAGAGGCUGUUAGCUUCUUGUCAUUGUGUAAUAUUGUGCCUUAUAUAACUAUAUCUUUAUCUUAAGGUAAUUCAGAUAGAUCUCUAACAAAAUCAAUGUCGUAUGUUUCUAUCUUCAUCCAUUCGUCAAAUAGUCUGGCAGUUUUACCUUCUUUCCAUAAAUUGUAGUAGCCAUAAGAUAAAAAGCCAGUACCUGA